CGAGAGAGUAAGAGAGAGAGAGAGAGAGAGAGAGAGAGAGAGAGAUGAUGGAGACCUUAUGGAAGACUGCGCGCACACACGAACGCGGAUCAUUUAUGAAUUGGCUGCUCGCAUCCUGCGCCCCCCACGGCUCUUGUCGAGCAAUUUACAACGACGACGACGGCUCUCGUAAUUAAUUGAGCAUAGCUAAUCGCCGAACAAUGGACGGGCCGCAUCGCGGGGAAGGCCCGCUCUCUCUCUCUCUCUCUCUCUCUCUUUCGAGCCGGCCUGCUGGCCUAUAUUCGAUAUUUUCCACAACCGCACGAUGCAAGGUCAUCUCUCACACAGCCCUUUCCUUCCCCCGCGGGGGGAUGAGCAAUCAGCGAUCUGACCGGAAUUUUCCGCGAGACGCGGAAAAGUUUUAAUGGAAUUUGCAAGCGAGCCAUUGUGCGAUCCUUCCUCGACUAUUUUAACGUCGAAGCUCUCCUCUCUGAGAGCUUUUUUUUCAGGACUACCAGGCUGUGCGAUGGAAUUUCUCGAUAAUCGAAGGCCGCAGCGCGAUCGACUCUACGCAUACCGAUCGCCGAUACCGAUCGCGAGUGGGGAGUCUAUAUUUACGGCCGGUCUCGACGAGGAGGCGCAGGGCCGAAAAGAAAAUCAGCAGUGUCCACGCGAGCGUCCGUCCGAUAUCUCUUUUGGCACAGCGGCUGCAUCGGAGCUUGCAAGCUUCUGAGACGGAGAGAGAAACGAGUAAGCGAUCGCGCGCACAAAAGAAACGCAAGAGAGGGAGAGACGACGAACGAAGACUUUUGGCUCUUGACCGGAGAGAAAGACAAGAGAGAGAGAGAGAGAGAGAGAGAGAGAGAAAGAUUGACGUUUACGAAAACGAACUGCGCGGGAUCAUUUCGAGUGCAGUCAGAAGGUGAUAAUGGCCUCCGACGACCCCCUCGCUCACGAGCCCCUCGUGUCUGUCGAGUUCGAAGUUUACGGGAAAGUGCAAGGUUGUUCCUUCACGAAAUACGUGCGAGAGCUCUGCCAGCGACUGGGAAUCGUCGGCUGGGUGAAGAACAGCAAGACCGGAACGAUCGUCGGCAAGAUGCAGGGACCUCAGGCCCUCAUUGAUCAGAUGGCUCAAUGGCUGUCGACGGUCGGAAGUCCGGAAAGCGAGAUUCACCACUGCGAAUUCAAAGAUUUAUGUACCGUGACGAAACCAGGUUACAAAGGCUUUGCUGUGCGCUUUUGAGAAAUCAUCGGAGAGAAUGAAAAAUCAAAGUAUCCAAGGCAACGUUACAACCAUCGACGACCUUUAUCAAUCGAAGCGAAAUGAAUGGUCGAAGUGAAGCAUUAAGAGACACUUGUGUGUAAUAACCAUGUGUGUAUAUAUUACGAUUGUAUUAAUGAUUUUUAGGCAACUUGUACAGACGUCUGAAUACGAGGAGGGUGUGAAUGUGCCGAAUGUCGAUGACUACAACUACAGGGAUGCGUAAUUAAAUUGAAAGCCAUAUUUGUUAUCUACUAUGCGAACGACUUUAAUUUAUUUCUUUGCUGUAUGCUGUAUAUCGGGGAGGAAGGAGUCUAUGAAUUUAUCAUAGCAGCUGCGCCUUAUUUUUACAAAAUAAACUGGUACAAAAAUCGAAACGA